AUGUCCUGUCCCUGCUUCAUCGUUCCACCCCACCUCCUCCGCGCAAUCUCAGAGUCAUCUCAAAACCCCGAGGAAGUCCGCAAGGCAGCUGCACAGUCCCUCGUAGCUCACACAGAGGUAAGAACCGCCAGGCAAGAGCACAUAGCAAACCUCACACAGCUUCGUGGGGCAAAGGAAGGAGGAGGCGCUGUCCAAACUUCGCCAUUCAUCCCCGAGCAUCUCCUGAAACAGCUGGCAACUUCGGAUUCAGUUGACGAGGAGACUCGCUCCCGUGCUAAGAAGGAUCUGGGCCAUCUCCAGGAGAUCUUGAGUAAAAUCCCUGCCGUCCAGGAAGCCCUAGCUGCUCGCGAGAGAGCUCGCAGGGAAUCUGCAGCAGCCAUCUCCCGUGCCGUGUACGACGCAGGACAUUCACAGAGCACUUGGAGGCUUCCCGGCAAGGCAGAACGUGCCGAAGGAGAACCUGCAGUUGAAGAUGAGGAUGUCAACGAGGCCUAUGACAACGUGGGUCAUGUUCUCAAAUUCUACAAGGAGUUUUUCAACUGGAAUUCAAUCGACAAUAAGAAUAUGAAAGUCGUCAGUACCGUCCAUUUUGGUGAUCACUUCGAAAAUGCUUUCUGGUUUCCAUACAAGCAGCAGAUGGUAUUUGGCGACGGUAACACGUUUUUACGCAACUUUACUGGCUGUAUUGAUGUUAUUGGGCACGAAUUGACUCAUGCCGUCACGGACUACACAAGCCCUCUCAACUAUAACGGCCAAUCCGGUGCCCUUAAUGAGCACGUCUCAGAUGUCUUUGGAAUCAUGGUGAAGCAAAGAGUUGAGAACGAGACGGCAGAGACGGCAGAUUGGCUCAUUGGCGAAUAUUGUCUCUUGCCUGGUGUGAAAGGAGUCGCUCUGCGAAGCAUGAAGAAUCCGGGAACGGCAUAUGAUGACCCACGAUUCAACAAAGAUCUCCAGGUGGAUAACUUUUCCAAAUUCGAGGUCAUAACGAACGACAAUGGCGGCGUCCACAUCUACUCUGGCAUACCCAACAAGGCAUUCUUCCUGGUUGCGACGGCAUUCAAGGGCUUUUCGUGGGAGAAGGCGGGCAAAAUCUGGUGGCAGACCAUGAUUUGUGGCAAGGUACCGGUUAACUGCACGUUCCGACAGUUUGCCGAUGUAACUGUUGAGUGUGCAGAGGAGUUGUUUGGCGAAGAAGCUGCGAGGACGGUGCGCGAUGCUUGGACACAAGUCGGCGUUACUCGAGGCAUCUAA